AUGCAUGGUAAUGAAUACUCGUGGGCAUCGGCAAUCUUUUACUUUGGUUACUUUGCCUGGAGCUGGCCCAGCUCAUAUAUUAUGGUCCGACUUCCAAUUGGAAAAUACAUAUCGGUCUCAGUAUUCCUCUGGGGCGGUGUUAUGAUGUGCCAUGCUGCUUGCUCUAACUGGAGUGGACUUAUGACAGUCCGCUUUUUCUUGGGUGUUGGUGAGGCGGCUAUUGCACCGGGCUUCACACUGCUUACAGGCAUGUUCUACCAGCGCGAGGAACAGCCCCUUCGACAAUCUGCUUGGUUCUUCGGAAAUUGUCUAGCUGUCCUUAUCGGAGGCUUGAUCGCCUACGGCAUUGGAACAAUCGAGACAUCCGUCAUUUCCCACUGGAAACUCUUGUUCCUCAUUCUCGGUGCCAUAACAUCAUUUUAUGGUAUUGUCUUAUUCGCGAUGCUACCCGACUCUCCUGACAAGGCUGUAUUCCUGAAGCCCAAUGAGAGAGCUAUUGCUGUGCAGCGGACCUUGAAGAACAAAACGGGUGUUAUGGACACUGGUGUUUUCAAAUGGUCACAGGCCCUCCAAGCUUUCAAAGAUCCACAGACGUGGCUCUUGGUGCUGAAUUCGUUUACCUCCAACCUGGCGAACGGUGGUCUUACCAGUUUCACCUCGAUCAUCACGGCCGGUUUUGGCUUUAGUGAUCUAAAGGCCCUUAUCAUGCAAAUGCCGCAAGGUGGUGCCCAAAUUGUGUUCAUGCUCAUCACCUCGGUUGCGGUGACGGUGAUCCCAUCCUUCCGUGUAUUGGGAAUGAUUAUAAACACCAUGGUCGCAAUUGUCGGACUGAUUCUUAUUUGGAAGCUUGAUCCUAGUGACCAAGCCGGGAGAAUGGUUGGCCUGACGCUGGCCGUUGUCUACGUGAUCAACCUUCCAAUCUCGUUGAGUAUCAUCACGUCAAACGUGGCUGGAUUCUCAAAGAAGAGUGUUGUCAGUUCUUUGCUAUUUAUCGCAUACUGUGUUGGAAAUAUUGUUGGGCCUCAAUUCUUCCUGUCAUCGGAGGAGCCGUCAUACCCGACUGGGAUUAAAGCCUCGAUGUCAGGUUUGGUACUGAGUUUAUUCUUCCUCAUCUGCUUGUAUGUCUAUUACAGGUGGGAGAAUCGUCGCCGGGACAAGGCGUACGGUUUGCCAGAGCAACUCACCGUGGAUGCCGAGUUACAGGAUGAAUUAUCAAACAAGACUGAUCGGGAGAUUGAGAGCUUCCGUUAUUUGCUCUAG